UCACCCGGAAGUGGCCCUCGGCCCAGCAGUUGCCAUGGAAGUGGCCGGGCGCGUUGCUGGGCGGAGGGAAGAUGGCGGUGACUGGCUGGCUGGAGAGUUUGCGGGCUGCCGAGAAGACGGCGCUACUGCAGGAUGGGAAGAGGAUGGUGCACUAUUUGUUCCCAGAUGGGAAGGAAAUGGCGGAAGAAUACGAUGAGAAGACCAGUGAACUACUUGUGAGAAAAUGGCGUGUGAAGAAUGCCCUGGGAGCCUUGGGCCAGUGGCAGCUUGAAGUGGGAGAGCCAAUGCUCUCAGGAGCCGGGAGCCUGGGAUCCGAGCUCAUCAAGGAAAGUAAUGCCAAUCCCAUCUUCAUGCGCAAGGACACAAAAACAAGUUUCCAGUGGCGGAUUCGAAAUCUCCCCUACCCAAAGGAUGUCUAUAGUGUCUCUGUGGCCCAGAAGGAGCGCUGCAUCAUUGUUAGAACGACGAACAAAAAGUACUACAAGAAGUUCUCCAUUCCUGACCUGGACAGACACCAGCUUCCUCUGGAUGACUCUGCACUGACCUUUGCUCACGCCAACUGCACCCUGAUAAUCUCUUAUCAAAAGCCAAAGGAGGUCAUGGCGGCUGAGUCAGAGCUACAGAAGGAGCUAAAGAAGACUACCUGACCUAGGAUCCACGAGAGACGCACACGAGGUCUGGGAGAGGAUGCCAAGAACAGUUUCCUGCUGACUUGUUGGUGCUCUGAGAAAUGUCUGCCCUCUUCAAUCCCCCAGGCCACACUGACCAGAGCAGGCUAAGAGUAGGGAACCUGAACUUGACAAGAGUCUCUGUGCCCUGCCCUGGGCUGACCCAGGACUGAAAACUGCCUGCAUUGGUACCCACCCAGCACACUCACCGGGUACUUGUGCGGAGGUCCCAGUAGCGAACAUAGGUGUCGUAACCACAGGACAGCAGUGUAGAGGGGGACUCAUACAUGACAUCCAGCACCCCAGCCCCUGGGGGAAAAUCACUGCCCAGAUGUGUGAUCAGCUGCCCACUGGGGGGAAAAGAGGGGCACAAAGUGAAAGGCUGUCCACCUUGGCCAUGCACGAUCUUUCACCCUGCAAAUGGCGUCAUAAAGCUCUCCAUCUCCUGGGGGUGCUCCCUGAGGAAGAAGAUGCCUGCCUAGCUACUGAACCUCCAGCUAGCAAACUGCCCACCCCUCCCCCAGUAUCCCAACCCCUGGCUGAAGCCUCAGUAGUACAAAUACAGCAACCCUCCAUCACACCUGCAUGCUGGCUGCCUGUUCCCUUGGGGGCAAUGAAUGGGUCAGCCCCCCUCACAAGCACACACUUGGCUACUUUAUACUCCUUGAUCUGGCAGGUCAUGCAGUUCUGAGCUGCCCUGAGUCCAGUGCCUGUAAUCUGGGGCUCAGACCUUCUUGGGAUAAAGACCACACAAAGGGGAAAGGGGAGCCCUGGGAGAUGUUAAAACAAGUAAACACCUUUGUGUCCCGCGGCAGAAAUAGCUGAGGAAGCAGCUUAGCCUGCUGGUCCCUGGUGUUCUCGGUCCCUGGCCCCCAGCCCAGGGCUAGCACGCCUCUGUGAUCACAGCCCCCAGCCUGCUGGGCUCCAGCCUGCUCCCCCACCCGUACCCCACCCGGUGGCCGAGACCAGAUUACUGAGAAGAACAA